UGCUUUAUGUUGUUGUGUAUAAACAAAAAUAACUGUUAAAAAAUGUAUUUGAAUGUGUGCGGCCAAAAAUUUUACUACAAAUUACAAAUUACAACACAAUAUUUAAUUCACAUUUACUACAACUGCUACUACCCUUUCAAAAACAACAAUUACAACAACCACAAUAAACUAAAAACAACAAUAACAGCAACAAGAACAGGAUCCAACAAAUUUGUAUAUUGCUAAUUUGCCAGCAAAUUUCAAAGAGACCGAUCUGGAAGGCAUGUUAUCCAAAUAUGGACAAGUUGUAUCCACUAGAAUUUUACGUGAUGCUCAAAUGAAUUCAAAGGGUGUUGGAUUUGCUCGCAUGGAAAGUCGUGAGAAGUGUGAACAUAUUAUUGCCAUGUUCAAUGGUACAACUAUACCGGGUGCCAAAGAUGCUUUAUUAGUUAAAUUUGCCGAUGGUGGUCCCAAAAAGAAGAAUCUCUUUAAGGCUCCCGAUCAGGGUGCCAGAACGUGGCGUGAUGUCUCGGCCGAGGGUAUUCCCGUUACAUAUGAUCCCACGGCCAUGCAACAGAAUGGUGUUAGUGUUAAUGUUGGCACCCCGAUUGGUGUGCCAUAUUCACGUUUCGGUGCUCCCCAGGUGGGUGGUUAUCCAAUGGCUGGUUCACAAUGGAUUCCUGGUUAUAUGAUGACACAACCGAUCACUCAGGUAGAAGAUCAGGUGAGUUUAAGCGGUUAAGUUUUAUUUUGAAUA